UUUACCAAAGAAGUCAAAACAGUAAACAUUAAUCAUUUAUUACAACAAAUUCCUCAUAUUUUUUUAAAAUGAAGUGCAUUUUUGUAAUAUUUUCACUAUUCUUCGUUUUAACCGUUAUCCAAGGCGUUCCUCUACAUAAGAAACGAUCUGAAAAUUCCCAUGACCAAGAAAUCACUUCAAUUACCGAUGCAGCUAGAACUGCUCUCAAAGCCAACAUCGAGAUGAUCUCUAAGGCCACGGACACUGUACCACCAGUUGCCAUCGAUGGGGUAGAAUUAGGUCGUGACUUUUGGAAGAGAAUUUCAGAAGGAGAAGCCAAUUUAAAAUCCGACAUAGAAUUAUUAAACCGAUUAAAUGAAUAUGCAAAGGAAGUCACAGAAAUUUCUUACGAAUUAUCGCCUUCUGUGAAGGAAGCUAUUGAAGCUACUCAAAAAUUAUUGAAAACAUUUGGUCACAAUUAAUGAUGCACAAACAAUG